UAUUUUUUUUUUUUUUAAUUUUGUGUUUUUUUGGUGCCAUUUUUUUUCUGCUUUGACUCAUCUGGGACAAGACAAGAAACAUCUGGUUCAUAUAAAUGUAGAGAAAUUCCCUCCCCUGAUUUCAGAUUGUUAAGUAAGUGUGUUGUACUAUAUUCUGUCAUUAGUGGAUCAUUCAUCAAUCUAGACAUGACUCACGCUACUUCUCCUCCUUCAAAGUUAGGUCAAACUGCUGUUGGUCAAGUUGCCGCCAAGUUGGUUAAAGUUGCAACCUCCUCACCUUUGAAUUCAAAAAAUCAUCAUGAUAUAAAACCAUUGAAAUCAACUGAAGAAUUAACUAAGGAGAUCCAUUUAAGUGAAGAAGAUGAUGGGGAUUAUGAUGAUUUAUCGAUUGGAUCGAAUAAUUUACCUUUGAAUCGUACUGCUGUUGUUGCUCCUCCUCGUCAUCCUCUUUCUAGUGGUUCUUCGAUUCAUCUGAUUCCAAAUUGGGUUUAUGGUACCACUAAUUCAUUACCAAGAUCAUCAAGUAUAUCAUCAGCUGUUUCUGGAUUAUGUUUGACUGAAAGAGGUCAAGUUGCUGUUCCUCAUCCUGAAAUAAUUCAAAACUUAUUAUUCCCUUCUUCAGAUUCUUUAAAACAAAAAAUUAUGAUUUAUCGUGAAAAAGUUAAUCAAGUUUUAAAUCAAGAUAUUACUAAUUCUGAAUCUUGUAAAGAGCCUUUAUUGAUUAUAACUGGUCCAUCCUAUAUUAAAGAUGUGGCACAAGUAAAAGCUUGUUCUCAAUGGAUUGGUUCUAUGAUUGGUAAGAAAUUCAAUAAUAAACAACAACAACAACUUCAACAACAAUUACCAACUAGUUUAUUAAAUAAUAAGCAUGAUAUUCAUGAUGAUUUAUUGAUUUCAAUACGAACUAAUUUAUCCAAAUAUAAUCAUCCUUAUAAUGAUCCUCAUAAUUCUUCUUCAAUAAUGACUUUUGAAAUAGAACAUGGUAUUCCUAUUUGUCGUGCUUUACUUUGUGAAUUAGCUGAAGUUUGUCCUAUUGUAGGUGAAACUUGUGAUACUAUAACUCCUCAAUAUCUUAAUGAUUUAUAUUGUCUUGGUUUAGUCAGUUCAACUUUAACUGAAUCUCAAUUACAUCGUGAAUUAGCUUCUGGUGUUUCAUAUCCUGUUGGUUUCAAUACUCAAGAUUCAGAAUUAUCAUUUGAUAAAUCAAUGUAUGUUCAUAAAAUUACUGCUGCUUUAGAUGCAAUGUAUGCUACAUCUCAACCUCAUCAAUUCUUAUCAGUUACUAAGAUUGGUACUGUGGCUGUGGUUGGUACUACUGGUAAUGAAGAUACUUUUAUUAUUUUACAAUUAAAUUUACAAUUGAAUUUUGAUGAAUUAAAAGUUAUUAUUAAACGAGUUUAUAGUUAUGGUAAUUUAACUAGAAAGACUCCAAGAAUAAUGAUUGAUGUUGGUAAGAUCUCAAAUGAUCAAUAUAAUGAAAAAUUAUCCAUUUUAACUCAAUUACUUAAUGAUAUUGAAACUAAACAUACCAUUGUUGGUGUCAUGAUUGAUAGUGGUGAUAAUUAUAUUCCUGAUGGAUUUGAUAUUAAUGUUCAUGAUGAAGAUGAUGAUGAUGAAGAAGAUGAGCAUGAUAAUGGAAUUGAAAUAUUCCAUGAUAAUGAAGAAAAUCAUCGAAAAUUAUUACAAUUAAAUAAAUAUUUCAUGAAAAAGAGAAUUAGUAAAGGAAUUCAAGCCAAAUUAUUCAAAGCUCCAAAAGUAACUUCAAAUGAGUCUACUAAUAUUACUAAUAAUAAUAAUAAUUAUCGUUAUGAAAAUCUUAUUAAUGCUGAUAAAUUUAUUUCUGAAUUAAAUAAAUUAAGUAAAUCAAGAAGAUCAUAGAUAAAAAAAACCCAAAAAGUUAAAAUAUUUAUUAAACAUCAUACGUGUAUUUUAUAGAAGAUUGUUUUUAAUAUAAUAUAAAUCUAAUUAUUUUCCAAACAAAUUUAACAGUUAAUUCAACUCCCUUGUAAAGAUUAACUAUAAUCCAAACUAUUCUUAAUAAAAUAACAAUAAAAUUCUCUAAACAAAAAUAUAACAUGGUAUAAUUAUCCCCAUCUUUAAUUUUUAAAUGACUUUCCUUUAAUCUAUUAGUUACGGAGUUCCCAAAUAAUGAAUUAUCCAACUUAUCCAAUUUUUCAUUAAUUUUUCUUAAAUCAAGCGUCAAAGAGGCAUUAAUCUCACUAAUGGAUCUAUCACUAUUACUCAAGAGAUUAUCGAUCCGGACCGAAUAAUCAUCAUUAAUCAUGUGCGCCACUGAUUUGACUUCAUUCGAGAACCCUUGGUAUAAGUCUUCAUAUUCAGGUAAGUAAUCAUCACUUAUCUUUGUGGUGGC